AUGUCGGACGAAGUUUCAAAGGGCAAGGAGGGUAUCUCAACAACAAUAGGGCAGUCUACACCUCAUACAAGGCCACGAAGAGGUACUCUAAGCGAGGAGGCCAAACAAACUUUCGUAAAUGCUACAAAUUAUAUUAAUCAAAAAAUAUUGCACAGACGGACCUCGGUUUCUUCUCAGAAACCAAUCGAAACAAUGAUAGUUCAGACAGAGACAGAUGCUUCUGCAAACAAUUUAAAUUCAGCUAGUCCUAUUGUAAUUAAUAAUAUUGUUCCCUCACAACAACAACUUUUGCAGUCUUCUCGCACAAAUAAUAUACCACGGAGAAAAAAUAGUCGUUCUCCUAACAGCAAUUAUUCGCCCAGCCCUCCUUUACAGCCUUCAUUUCCUUUAACAUCAACUGCUGAAGAACAUUUAACCGAAACCCUCGAUAAUAUAAAUUGCGAUUUAAUUAAUAAUAUCAACGGAGCCCGUUUACCUAGUAAUAAUAUCGGUAAUAGUAGCAUACUUAAGCGUUUGGGAACAUAUAGUGGAAAUUCUUCAAGUCAACAUUCACCUACAGCUUCAAUAUCUUCGCGCAAAGCAAAUUCAUUAUUUACAUUCGAUAUGAAUAGAGAGAACAAAGGCAUAUUAAAAGAUGAUAGGAUGGAGAAAUUAUUAAAAAAGGCAAAGAUAUUCCUGGAUCAAAGGCAAAAACCAAAAGCAAGAAUUACAUCACUUUGGAGUUUUAUUGAUGUUACGAAUGAAUUAGAUCAAGCUCAAUUCUUCCAAGAGCAUGCCGAAGAUGUAUUCGAUGUAGUUUAUAAGUCAUUUAUGGGCCAAGUCGAAAAAAUAAAACCUGAAAUAUUAUCACAUCUACUUGGUCACGGAAAUCAUCCGCGUGUUCGGAUACAAGGAUUUCAGCUUUUGCUAUUAUGGUUAAAUGAUCAAACUAUCGAGUUACAAGAGUGCAUAUAUCUUUAUUCAAACGCUAUUUCGUUAGAUUUAUUUUUGUAUGAUCAAAUACGGAAUGGAGGUGAUGAUUAUUAUGAAAGACAAAAUGCAUGGCGAAAAAGCAAUGUUCCUUUAGGGCUCGGACAAGAGUUGAUUCGAUCUGAUAAUCAAGCCCCAUUAUUUCCGAAUCCUCAUCCACCUACUUAUAAUGAUGCCGUACAAUUGAUCCAACUUGAUUUAAGUAGUCUUGUUAGGCUAGCACAUGUUGCUGCCGGUUCAACUCCACCAUCAGAAAAUUAUGAUUUUCCCGCAAUUGAAAACAUCGAGCCUGAUAAUGGAAUAGCAAUCGGGAUGGGCAUUGAUGCUGCUUUUGCUGCAGCUAAAUUUCAUUUUGAUCUUACAAAAAAACAUUAUUUCGUAAAACUUUUUCCCCAAUGUGCUAAGAGUAUUGGUUUGUUGGCAGAAAAUCAAGAGUACGGUUUUAAAAAGUGUCCACCGACAAUUCUCCGUGCAUUAAUCACGUUUUUUAUCCACCAUUGUCUCGAUAAUCAUCAUAGCCCAUCAGAAAAGAUUUCAUCAUAUCCUUCACCUGCUACUCCAAUCCUAAAGUCUAUUGUAUUAGGCCCAGAGAAUCGCGAGUUUGCACAUGAAAUAGUGCGCCAAGCUCUUAUGUUGCCUGCUGGUAGCCCAUUAUAUAAAGAUAUUGUGAGAGGUGCUGUUCAUAUUGUUGGUGUCUGGAUACUUAGUGGAGUUAGUGUUUAUCUAUUGAUUAAUUCUACAAUUAAAGAAGAAGAGAGACCAGCAUUCUUACGCAAGUCUCCAUCACAAGGUCCACUAUCCGCUUCUACAACCGGAUCUUUUAAUAAUCAUACUUCCUCAGUAGACAGUCAGAGUGAAAAUCCAAGCACACCAGCUAUUACACCUUCAUCAGCUACUUCGUUUUCCACAACAUAUUCGAGCGCUAAUGUGUACCUUCGGAGAUACAUUCAAUUAUUAAGUCUCGUUUUCGAAGACCAUUCGUUCAUGACCCUCAACGGUAUGACCAAUCUAGAGGUAGAUUCGCAAGUUUCAAUAUAUAAAGAUGUCCUUGCUCUCUAUCGAUCAAUGAUUUCAGAGGGACCUAUUGAGUUAGAGACGGAAACAUGGGAGGUUUUACUUUUGUCACUUUUGGAUAUUCAAGAUAAAAUUAUGAAUCAGAAAGAUAAGUAUGCUGCAAUACCUUCAGCAUCAUUGGCAGAAGAACUAGCUGAUUAUCUAGUCGAAACAGUACUGAAUGCAUUCGCACGGUCAAAAGCUCAGCAACCUGGCUUAUGGAAAGAAUUAAGGGACCAAAUGAGUUGUAGUACAAGAUGGUCUCAAACUAUUUCUCAAUGGGCUAAAAUCAUGCUACGUCUUACUAAAAUAAUUUCGAAGCAUGUCUAUAAUGUUGACCUUGAUGCUCUUGAAUUAGACCGUCGACUUGCAGAACUUUCUACCUCUGAACGUCAUUAUCAUAGACGUAGACCUUCUAAAAAUCGCACACGACAUCUUUCUUUGCGAGGGACACAUAAACAUAAAUCUUCUGGGAGCACUUCUUCACGUGAGGAGGUCCUGGGAGCACUCAAUGCUGAUUUUUCAUUGUCUGCUAAAAAUACUACUGAUAAUAAUAAAUGCGGUCGCCGAACACUGAGUAUGCAUCAAGACAUGAAUUCAUUGGAUCCAAAAUUGUUAAGCGGACAGACUUUAUUUAAUGUUGUAGGCAGUGGUCCUGCUUCAUCAACACAUUCUGCUGAGUCCAAAUCACACCGAACUUCUUCAUCUUCCGUAUUUUUUGCACAUCCAAAUUUUAGCGGCGAAAAAUUAUCAAUAUCUCUAGGUAAUUUCAGAUGUCCUGAUUAUUGCAAUUUGGAUCCAUUGGCAUGGAAUGGUGAAAGCGCUGUCCUAGUAUGGAGAAAUAUGUUAUGUGCAUUAGGAAAUGUUGCGUCAAACCAUGCAGAUGCAAUAAAGUGUCUUGUGGACAUGCUGGAAAUGCUAGAAUUAGUCCGUAAUAAUAAAUGUGGAAACUUUUCAUUAUCUCUACAUUACGACUUUGCUCCUUGGCUUUUUCAAGCUUGUGAUUUGCCUUUGACAUUUACCCCGGGACGAGCAUUGGCAUACGCUGGAUUAUGUAAAAUGAUGUCUCAACGUCAAGAUCAAGAUUUUGACGAGGCGUUUUAUCCCCAUUUUUAUCGCGCUUUACUCAAAGGAUUUUCAGAACAAGACAUUUCAAUAACGCUUGCAAUUGUGAAUAAUUUUACAAAGCUUUUCUCUCGAGGGCUUCCGGGAUAUAGCAUCUUAUGUCAGAGUUUUAUUGAAGCAAUUCGGAAUAUGCUAUUAAAAAAUGACAAACAUAUACCAGAAGUCGCGAGACAGAAUGCCAUUAAAAUAAUUUGCUCGCUUAUUUGUAUAGUAAAUCAAACGCCGACUGUUAAAGUUCCGAUAAUAUCGUAUGAAAAUCUCGUUCAGUUUAAUAAUACUGAUUUGGACGCAUCAGAAUUAAGUCAUUUCGAUAGCAUGCGAUUUUCUGAAGUGAGAUUGCUUCUGGAAGAUGCUUUAAUAUCCUCCCUUGCAGAUGAAACGUCGGUUUAUAAUUACGAGACACAUAAUAUGUUGUUAUAUGGGAUUUUUACCUUUGCUUUUGAUGAACUUACCGCUACACCAUGGCCCGACAAAACCAUUGUCAAGGAAUGUUUUCAAGCAAUAUUAGAACAGUUAUAUUGGAGUCACUUGCCAAUUGUUAGUGCAGCUACGGAUUGCUUGAUUUCUUUUGCACAAAAUUCUUCUCUUUGGUGUGAUGAAAAUGGAAUAUACAUUAUGAUAUUGCAAGAAGUUUUUGCAUAUCUCAUUGGUGCCCUGAAUGAACAUCUUAAUCUGCAUAAAACAUCAAGCAGAAAUGGCAGAGGAUUCAUAAUAGCAAAGUUAUUUUAUUGUCUUCUUGAGUGGCUAAUGGUCAUUCCGACAAAUCUUUUCACCGAUACAGAGUUAUGCCAAUUAGUAUUUGAUGUGAUUGACAUGGCACUUGAAGCUUCGGGAUCCGAUUCGCCAAGAAUUUAUAGAAAACACUGCACAAAUUUAUCGAACAAAGGGAGUGGAAAAAGUAAAGACCGAGAUUUUACUGUGAAAUUUAAAAAAGCGGAGAGAAAAGUUGCGUUGAACUCAACUCUUGACAAUGAACAGAAUAUCCACGUGGUUGGAGUAGAGAAUGAUGUGGAAGAUGUUAAUUUUGUCAAAGUAAUAAUUAGUCAUGUUGAUUUCAUGUUAAAAUCAAAUGUAUACAAUGGAUUUAUGGAAGUUGCAGAAUAUGUGUUGUUACAUUUGACACACCACUUGGAUAAUUUUGCUCCUCUUCAUGGUCCUGCAAUGAUGAAUAGUACUUUAAUUGGGCCAUUAGGAAGUGAAACUAAAGAUGAUGAAGCGUCCGAUAAUUACCAUUAUUUUUCUUUUAACGAUACGACAAUAAUUACUUUAGUUGAAAUACCGGGAGAUAAUUCUUCAGUAUCACGAAUGAUUAUACGAGACUUUUCUGGCCGAUACGCAUGGGAUUCAAGCCUAUUUUAUAAAGCUUCUCUUGAUGAUAAAUACCCUGAGAAAGUAGAUACGCAUAAGGAUACUGAAGUUAUUGAUCAUAUAAGUCUGAGACCUGAUAUCAAAGUUGAGCCAAGUAACAGUAAACCUAAAUCUGCUAACUCAUCACCAAAGAUAAAAUCACGAUAUCGACCAGGAAGUUUCUUCAAAGAUAAAAAUCGAUUACCUGUUUGGACCGAAACUAGCAGUUCUGAACAUAUAAAUAUGUUAGAUAAUCUACUCCAAUAUAUUGACCAACAAUCACCUUGUACAAAAGAUGAAGAGGGUCUACCUAGCACGUCUUUAAAGAUUGUAAAUGGUUUAUCUCUAAUUGAAGAACAACUAGACCGACACAUACAGGAAGAAACACUUUAUGAAAGCUCUAUAAAUAACCAGGCAAAAUUAUGGUAUGAUAACAUCAUCUCCGUUAGAAACAAUAUCUUUCAUGAACGUGAAAAUCGUCAUGUUAAAAGACGUUCGCGGAAUCCACUUUAUACUCGGUCAACAUCUUAUUUAUCACUUGGAGCAGAUUUUUCAUUAUCAAAGUCAUUUAUUCCGGUGCUACCCCCUGAAGCUGAAAAACCUAUAGAAUCUUACCAACUUUGCCGAUUAUUUUUAAGCCAUCUUGGGUGGCUUAACCCUGAAGCAUUGAAAGAUGAUUCUAUUUGUAUGUUAAAUAAAACACCUAACUUAUUUCGUGAUAUACGCUUUUUAGACAAGAAACAUGCUCGUGAAGUGAUUAAAGUCGCUCUCUUAUAUGUUGGUCCCGGCCAAGAAAAUGAAAAAUGUAUUUUACAUAAUACGAAUGGUAGCCCUUUGUAUGAUGAAUUUGUAGCAAGUCUUGGAUGGGAAAUUGAACUUGCAACACAUCCUGGAUACCUUGGUGGAUUAGAACGAAAUGCAACCAAUGGUCUUACAUCAAUUUAUUACUGCACUUCAACGAUUGAAAUAAUUUUCCAUGACGUAACCAGGAUGCCGACAGAUUUAACCGAUCCUAAGCAAUUAAAAAAAAAACGUCACAUAGGUAACGACCAUGUUCACAUAGUGUUUAACGAGCAUCACAGAGAUUAUCGUAAGACGACUAUUGGGGGUGAUUUUGGCAAUGCACAAAUUGUUGUUACUCCUUUGCCUAAUGGCUUAUUUAGCAUAGACAUUUAUCGCGAUAACAAGAUUCCUCCAUUUGGGCCAUUGUUACAUGGCAUGGUAGUGUCGAAGAAUGUAUUAGGACCUUUGGUACGACAAACUGCAGUUCAAGCAUUUCGGAACAGUUUGCGUAAUCUUCAUAGUUCUAAUAUAACAAUGUAUCAUAAUUCAUAUAUGGAACGUGCAUCAGAUAUUAGCUUGAUAACAGGAAAGCAUAAAAAUCCUAAUUGUAAUACUUUUGAAGCAUUUAUGUCAAAAUUUUUUGUUUCGGAUUAUGUUAAUUAA